GAUGUGCGCGCCCGUGUAGCGCGGCCGCCCCAUGGGCACGGCGCCGGCUCGUUCCUCUGCCCCCCGUCUCUGGAGCCGCCGGCAGGAAGCGCGCCUCAUGUCUCCCAGAUAAAAGUAAAAGCGCUCCCUCCUCCUGGCAGCGCAGCGCCCCGCGCUCGGCCCGACGCGGGGUGCGCGGUCCCCAGCUCCCCCGCGCCGCCGCCCCAUAUGGACAUCGCCUCGGGCCCCGAGUCCUUGGAGAGGUGCUUCCCGCGCGGCCCGACGGACUGCGCCAAGAUGCUGGACGGCAUCAAGAUGGAAGAUCACCCGCUGCGCUCGGGUCCGGCCACGCUCGGAGUGUUACUGGGGUCGGAGUGCCCGCACCAGGCCGUGUGCGAAGGCUGCCAGAGGCCCAUCUCGGAUCGCUUUCUCAUGAGGGUGAACGAGUCCUCCUGGCACGAGGAGUGUUUGCAGUGCGCGGUGUGUCAGCAAGCCCUCACCACCAGCUGCUACUUCCGGGACCGAAAGCUCUACUGCAAACAGGACUACCAACAGCUUUUUGCUGCCAAGUGCAGUGGCUGCAUGGAAAAAAUUGCCCCAACAGAAUUUGUGAUGAGAGCCCUGGAGUGCGUUUACCACUUAAGCUGCUUCUGUUGCUGCGUUUGUGAGCGACAGCUGAGAAAAGGGGAUGAGUUUGUUCUUAAGGAAGGGCAGUUGCUCUGUAAAAGUGACUAUGAAAAAGAGAAGGACCUGUUGAGCUCCGUCAGCCCAGACGAUUCCGACUCAGUUAAAAGUGAUGAUGAGGAUGGAGAUGUUAAGCCCACCAAAGGACAGGUAGCACAAGGAAAAGGAAGUGAUGAUGGGAAGGACCCGAGGAGACCUAAACGACCAAGGACAAUACUCACUACGCAGCAGAGACGAGCAUUCAAAGCAUCUUUUGAAGUGUCUUCCAAGCCCUGUAGGAAGGUCAGAGAAACUCUAGCAGCUGAAACGGGACUCAGUGUGCGAGUUGUCCAGGUUUGGUUUCAAAACCAAAGAGCAAAGAUGAAAAAACUAGCACGAAGGCACCAGCAGCAGCAGGAGCAACAAAACUCUCAGCGACUAGGGCAAGAAGUAAUGUCUAACCGAAUGGAAGGGAUGAUGACAUCGUACACACCACUUGCACCACCACAGCAGCAGAUUGUAGCAAUGGAUCAAAGCAGUUAUGGCACAGACCCAUUUCAGCAGGGUCUGACCCCUCCACAAAUGCCAGGCGACCACAUGAACCCUUAUGGAAACGACUCCAUUUUUCAUGAUAUCGACAGUGAUACCUCUUUAACUAGCUUGAGCGACUGUUUUCUUGCCUCUUCUGAAGUUAACUCCAUGCAGGCUAGGGUAGGAAACCCCAUUGACAGGCUGUACUCUAUGCAGAGCUCGUAUUUCGCCUCAUGAAAAUAAACGAAAACAAACAGCCAUCGUGUAUUUAGCCAGUGACUUUUUCCAGUGCAGACUCUACAGCCAUAUGUUGCCCAGCUCUUCCUUCACAGUGACUCCUGCUGCCUCUGGACUGCAAAGAGCAUUUUUAGGAAGACUACAUUUGUGUGCAUAUAUGUAUGUAUGUACGUGCAUCUGUCAGUACCUACCAACCUACAUACAUGCAUAUAUAAACAAAACAUAUCCAUCAGUCACAUACCCUUGAUUCCCAGCUUGCACCAGACCAAGAGAGAAGCAUGAAAGGAACAGAAGACUCUGCUCUUCAGCAGCCUUUGGUUUGGUUUGGUUUGACCUCUUCGUUGUAAAGGAAAUGGAUUUUGCGGAAAGUUAGACCUUUUCCUCCUUUCUCUCUUCCUUUCUUUUGGAUGUUUAAAUUUUUUUUAAGCCACUGAUACUGACAUCAGUCAACCAUAUGACAAAUAAAUCAAAGAAACUGGAGAUUCCUCCCUUUUCUUACUGCAUGAUUCAUACUAUGUUGUGGAUAAAUUGCCAUUUGAACUGUGAGAAUUUAAUGUAAAUGUGACGUUCAACAUUUGUUUCCUUUCUACACUUUUUCUACAUAACCUAGAUCUGCUCAUUAGUUUAUAGCCCUUAUACAUAUGGUACUGAGGAAACUGGUUACCAGUAAUAUUUGUGGAGAAAGCCAGUGAUUUUGUAACAAGAAAGGUCUAUGACCAUGGAGAUGAGAUGCAUGUUAGGGACAGAGGCGUUUAGAUUAGUAUUGAUCUUAAAUAAUUGAAACUAAAGGUGCUUACAAGACAGAGUUUUAUUUAAUUUUUCUGAAGUGUGAGAAUAAAACAUUUACUUUUGUUUGUAAGUAUUUCAGUGCCAAAUUUUAAGUCUAGACUAUGAUUGGCUGGUGUGUUGUUCAUUCUGUUCUGUUUAUUUAUGUUUUGCAUGAGGCAUAAAUGUGCUAUACUCCAUUGUCCACCUGGAAUAAUUAAGCACUCCUUUAGUUAAUUGUCUUGCCUCAGCAAGAAUCUAUGGUAUAUAGUUCUAGCCUGAGCCAUCAGAAGUCCUGAAAUGUGCACCAACUGGGAAAAAAAGUAGGAAAGAUCACAGUGAGAGGUUUGGAUGUAUUGAGUCAAAUUGAAUGCCUGCAGGUUUCACACUGACUCCUAUAUUUAUAAUAAAUACUCCAACUAACCUUCUAGAAGUGCAAAUGGAGGAACAAGAAGUGCUUAAAUGAAGGGAAUGUCCCAGCUGAAGUCUGAUCAUCUCAGACUCUGAAGUCUGAGCAUAUGUCAUAUAGAUUUUCAUAGGGCAUAAAAUAUCAUAAAUAAUAAUAGCAUAGUUAUGAAUAUUGCCUGGUGAUAAUUAUAAUAUGGAGAGGCAGACAAGUACAGUCAUGGUUCUUAGCGGAGCAAACUUCAUGGGGUGAAUUUGCCAGGGUAAUAUCAGUAAUUACAGGGUGUGUUCCGUAAGAGCUCAUGGGGAAAGAUUGGCAGGAUAGACCCAUUCUGAACUAAAUGCCUUUACUGCAUUGACCGUAACAGCCAAAACUAAGUCCAGCGUGCUGGGUGACUUUGGGCUGAGGACUGGCAGUGGGGUACAGCUGCAGCCUCCCAGGGUCACAGCAUGCUCACGGUAUCAAGGUUGCUCCUGGGGCCCUGGCUGAGGGGCAGCAUGCCCUGCAGAAAGCGCCUGCUGCAUCCACCUCUGUCCUGCUGGGCAGCUCUGCUGAGGCUGCUCACCUCUUCCUGGUGCAGAACUGUUCUCUGUGUGCCCAGGACGAGUGGAUGGCAAGGACUGGGUGCUAGCCCUGAGGAAACAAAUACCUUCAUGUUCCUCUCCAGAAUGGAAACGUGGACCUCAUAUGAGUGUUAGAGGUUUAUUAAGAAAGCAAACUUUUAUCUCUGAGAUAAGUUAAUGCAGCUUCACUCUAUGGAGGUGAGGCAAGCACUAGGGGAGAAGACUACAUGCAUACAGUAUGGCAGUGAAGCACAGACCUGGAGAUAGACUCCUCCUGCUGCUGCAUGGCAGCCAUACCCGUAUCUGCCUUUCACUCGAUUCCCAGCGCCCAAAGGAUCCCUUGGCCCCACACAGGUGCUGGAGGAUGCUCCCCUCCCUGCAGCUGCCCAUCUCAUUUCUCUGAGGAGUUGGGGCCUUUACACUCCUGUGCUUUUGCUAGUGACCAUUCUCUCACUUUCCAAUAGGGACGUGGCUUUUUAGUUGAAGGCCAUGAACACCAAGAUGUGUUUUGAAAUUGGAAGAAUUUUCUUUUCUUACCCAUCCUUCCCUUUUCUUCUGUAUUAAAAUAAAGAAUUUCCUUUAACUCUGCAUGGUAGUAAAUAUUUAUGAAGAACUCAGGUGAGCUGUACUGCUUGCAGGGCAGAAGGCAAGCACUUCUUGUAUGGUACAUUAUAAACAUUUGUAACCACCAAUCUCAAUGGUGUCAUUAUGUUUUCUCCCCCAUCCUCCUCCUCUGCUCCUUUAGAGUCAUAAAAAAACAUCUUCACCAUCUUAAACACACUGGGUUUAUAAACUAGACACAAAUCUUGCUUUGUCCCUCAUUAUUGGCAGAAUCAAAAUGGCAUUUUUAAUGUAAACAGAGACUUGUAUGAGAGCUAUAAUGUGACCUGCAGAACUGCGUUGUCCCAACUCUACCUCUGCUUCUGUCCUGGACAUUGAAAAUACAACCCAUUUCUAAGAAAAGGAUCAGAUAUCCCAUUUGAUAGCUGAAAAAGCCAUAAUCCUUUGUUGUUCCUUAGAUGGCUGUUUGCCAACUUUUCUUUCUCUUUCACUACAGUGUAUCUGUACAUACCAUCACUUUUCCCUCAGUGUUGUGUGAUGGUGUCACAGCUGUUGACUCUCCCGUAUUCUUCCACCUCUGGUGCCACACGCACUACACAGUUGAGCCCUCUGGCAUGCAUAAUGCUUCCCUUGCCACUGUGGGUUGCUGCUGGUCAAGAAAAGGAAUGCAUAGCUGAAGGUUUCAAGCAGACCCAUUAUAUCUGGCAAAGGCCAAAGUUCAUUAAAACAAAAUAAAUGUCACUUUUUUUUUUUUUCUUUUUUUUUUUUUUUUUUUGUGGAAUGAAUUAUCCGACUGGACUGUGAUCAUUGUAGUUUUAACCUGGGACCCGCAGUAAAGGAUUAUACAGCAACCUCUGACCUUUUUGAUUUUUCUUUUACUCUUCUAUUGGCAAGGGAAAUGUCACUGAUCAGGUAAAAGUGAAAUGCUUAAUGGGCCAUAUCACAGUAAUAUCUUAUACUGAGUCAAGUUGAUAAACCCUUGCCAAAAAUUCUUAACAUCUGGAAUUUCCACGGAAACCACAAACAAUGAUUGCACAUAUGGGAGCUUGGAGGCUAGAGGUCACGACAGCAGUUUAUUAUAUGCACCUUACAGUGAUCAUUUUCCCUAGGAAAUUAACCUCUCUCUAAUACAAAUGCAUCAAGUGAGCUCUUCACAGUGCUUCAAUCAUGUUGUUUUGGCUAAGCAAGGAAUACAUGUUAAGCUAAAGUGGUGACAAGAUGCAAUUAAGUGAAAGAUGAUUAAUUAGGUUUCAGUGUUUGCUCAAUAAUGCUUAAAAAAAGAUCUCUGUGAGAUCAGAGUGAAUACACUAUGCUACAUCUUCCUCAGAGGUCUUUACUGUGCAAUUACCCGAUCUGUUUUUAAAAGCCAUGAUAGCACACAGAUUUUCCUGCAUUCAGAAGUGGUUUCUGAGCAGGGUAGUCACCAAACUCAAGUGGCUCUCAGCUGGGUGGCAGUGUGCUUCAUUGCAUGGCUGUGUGUCAAGGGAACAAUUCCUACCAUGCUCUCCACAGCCCCCUGUUUUCCAAAGCACUAUGGAAUAAAGCCUGUGUUCUGAGUGCUUAGGGACUGGUAGUAGAUCUGUUUCACUGUCACAACAUGAACUACAGUUGUGAGUAAAAUACAGUGGUCACACUCACUGAGAUUGAAACAGCGUCCCAAGAAUUUUGAUCUCAUUUUCUUCUUUAAAAUCUGUUGUUAAAAACAUCCAGACCACUUGGCUCAGUCUCUGCUAACCAUGCCCACGGCACGACUCACUCCAGUCUCACGGUGGCUGAUGAGUAGAUUUUUCAGACCUACCUUAGCUGUGUCUGAUGAAUACUCCCAUGACCUUUAAGGAGGUCAGUGCUCUUCUAUUGACAGCCGUUUCAAUGUGCCAUCGUUGUGUGGGGAAGGUUCUUCAUGCUGGCAUACCUUUCCAGGGGUGGUGUGAACCCACUUGCUUCUUCCCACUCUGCUUAGAACUCCCUUCAGCUACCUUAGGGAUCAGAGGCACACCCAAGGCCUCCCAGGUGCCCCAGGAGCCCAGCUCUCCAUCAUGCUGCCAGGGAGCUGCAAGCUGGGGUUUGUGAGAGCGCCUUUUUUGAAUCAGUAAUCCUGGUCACCCCAAAAAGUUACUAAAACUUAACAGCAGAAGCAAAGAGGAAGGAAAGAGCUCUUACAGGUCCCAAAUUUUGCCACAAAAGUGAAAGGAAAGAGAGUACACUAAAGCACAACAAAGCUGCGGGAGCAGGAGCCACAGGACUCCAAGUCUGAAGUGCUCAGGGCAGUGCUGCACACAAUCUCAAAAUGCUCAAUGUGCUUCCCACAUCCAUGGAUGUGGUGCUCCUGCAUGUGCUGGUCCAUCUCGGUGCCAGCCCUCCUCCUCACCUGGUGGCACCAGGCAGACAACAGCUGCACCCACUGCAGUGUACCAGGUCUUCAGGUUUGGAUCUGUCUCACUAGGGGGCUCCUUAGGCACGUGCUUCCCUUUGGGCAAGUACAGAAGGUGUUGGCUUUGGUGGGACUUAGGCACAGCCUUGCCCACUUGAGGCCUGCCCCAAUAAACUGGCAGUCAUUUGCCUUCCUAAAGGACAUGGCCCACGUCCUCUUGGUUCUGCCACCGUUGUUCUGUUCAGCAGUGACUGUGAAGGGGCUGCCAGAUAUUUUGCAUUGGGAACUCUGUUUUUAAGUGAACACCCUAUUUUUUAGCUAUGUAUGGCUGUAUUACUUGUAUAUUUAUAUAUUCUGUAUUUAUGUUAUCAAAAUGUAGUAUUUUGUAGCUGUCUGUUACAAUUUGUUUAACUUGUAAAAAUAUGAAUAUGCUCUUCCAUACGUAACCAUCUGCCUUUUGCAGUAGCUUCCCCCUUCUUUCCUUCUGUGUUGGUAAAAAGCCACCAUAAUGUAUGUAGAUCGUUGUUGUUUUCUUAUUAUUUAAUGACUUGUCAUUGUUAAAUUAUUUAUUAGUGUUUUUAAAUUUCAUUUUGCUGAUUUUAUUUUCUGCCACCAUGACCUGGCAGCCACAAGACGUGACUUUCUCAACCAUUCUGCUUCCUCCCAUGUGCACACACCCACCCACACAAAGACACUGAAACGAAAACAGAAAAAGAAAAAAAGAGAGAGAUUACACCUCAGUAUAUUUGUAAAUAAAAGCAACCUGUAAACAAUG